AUGGCUGUCAAAUUACCUAGUCGACCUGGGACAGCAAGAGAACAAUUACCUUCCACGGACAAUUCUGAUGGCAUAGAGGCGAGGGUGGAACGGCGAGGGGGGAGGGUAGUUGAGGAAGAGAAGGAAGAGGAGGAAGAGGAGGAAAAGGAGGAAGAGGAGGAAGAGGAGGAAGAGGAGGAAGAGGAGGAGGCGGGCAGCGACUACCACUCUGAAUUAGGGGAAGACUUAAUUCCUCUCACACCAAGUGUCACCGAUUAUCCUAGACAUGGCCUACACAAGCUAAUUAAGCAGCAUGGCCGGACAUAUCAUGCAUUUUGUGAAGGGAAAUACCUUUUGCCGAAUGAUGAGCUGGAGAAAGAUCGGAUGGACAUGGUAAAUGAUUACACUUGA